GGGCUCCCCCCGCCGCCGCCGCCGCCGCCCCGCCGGGGGGGGCGCAGCCCCGCACCCCCCGCGCUCCCGCCAUGCCGGAGAAGCGGCCGUUCGAGCGGCUGCCCGCCGACGUGUCCCCCCUCAACUAUGGGCUCUGCCUCAAGCCGGACCUCAUCGACUUCACCUUCGAGGGCAAGCUGGAGGCCGCCGUGCAGGUGAAAAAUGCAACCAACCAAAUCGUGAUGAACUGCGCCGACAUCGACAUCAUCACCGCGUCCUACGCCCCGGAAGGAGACGAAGAGGUUCACGCCACAGGGUUCAACUACCAAAACGAGGAUGAAAAGGUCACUCUGUCCUUCCCCAGCACCCUGCAGAAAGGAAAGCAGGCCACGCUCCUCCCUCUUUUGCUGGAAAUAAAUUGAAUUUCUGUGGUUUUUGCCACGAUCUGCUGCGAUUUAUUCAUUUCAUUCUCUUUUUUCCAGGCCACUGAUGCUCGCAGAGCUUUCCCUUGCUGGGAUGAGCCUGCAAUUAAAGCAACGUUUGAUAUUUCUUUGGUGGUUCCCAAAGACAGAGUAGCUUUGUCAAAUAUGAACGUGGUGGAGCGGCGGCCGUACCCCGACGACGAGAGCCUGGUGGAGGUGAAGUUCGCGCGCUCGCCGGUCAUGUCCACGUACCUGGUGGCCUUCGUGGUGGGCGAGUACGACUUCGUGGAAGCGCGCUCACAGGACGGCGUGCUGGUGCGCGUCUACACGCCCGUGGGCAAGGCCGAGCAGGGCAGGGUCGCCCUGGAGGUUGCUGCUAAAACUCUGCCUUUUUAUAAGGACUACUUCAAUGUUCCUUACCCUCUUCCUAAAAUUGAUCUCAUAGCUAUUGCAGACUUUGCUGCUGGUGCCAUGGAGAACUGGGGCCUUGUUACUUAUAGGGAGACCGCGUUGCUCAUCGACCCCAAGAAUUCCUGCUCCUCGUCCCGCCAGUGGGUGGCUCUGGUGGUGGGGCACGAGCUGGCCCACCAGUGGUUUGGGAACCUCGUCACCAUGGAGUGGUGGACCCACCUGUGGCUGAACGAGGGCUUUGCCUCGUGGAUCGAGUACCUGUGCGUGGAUCACUGCUUCCCCGAGUACGACAUCUGGACCCAGUUCGUGUCUGCCGACUACACGCGAGCCCAGGAGCUCGAUGCCUUAGACAACAGCCACCCCAUCGAGGUCAGCGUGGGCCAUCCCUCCGAGGUGGAUGAAAUAUUUGAUGCCAUUUCCUACAGCAAGGGAGCCUCUGUGAUCCGCAUGCUGCACGACUACAUUGGGGACGAGGAUUUCCGGAAAGGAAUGAACCUGUACCUGACCAAGUUCCAGCAGAGGAAUGCUGCCACAGAGGAUCUCUGGGAAAGCCUGGAAAAAGCCAGUGGCAAACCCAUUGCUGCUGUGAUGAACACGUGGACCAAACAAAUGGGAUUUCCCCUCAUUUACGUGGAGGCUGAACAGCAAGAAGAUGACAAAGUGUUGAAGUUGGUCCAGAAGAAAUUCUGUGCCAGUGGACCAUAUACUGGGGAGGAUUUCCCCACGUGGAUGGUGCCCAUCAGCAUUUGCACGAGCGAGGACCCCAGCUGUGCCAAAAUGCAGGUUCUGAUGGACAAAGCCGAGCUCACCGUGGUGUUGAAGGACACCAAGCCCGAGCACUGGGUCAAGCUGAACCUGGGCACCGUGGGUUUCUACCGCACGCAGUACAGCGCGGCCAUGCUGCAGAGCCUGAUCCCCGCCGUGCGCGACCUGUCCCUGCCGCCCGUCGACAGGCUGGGGCUGCAGAACGACCUCUUCUCCCUGGCCCGAGCUGGCAUCAUCAGCACCGUGGAGGUGCUGAAGGUGAUGGAAGCGUUUGUGAACGAGCCCAACUACACGGUGUGGAGCGACCUGAGCUGCAACCUGGGCAUCCUGGGCACGCUGCUGUCCCACACAGACUUCCACGAGGACUUCCAGCUCUUCGUCAGGGACGUCUUCUCCCCCAUCGGGGAGAGGCUGGGCUGGGACCCCCGACCUGGAGAGGGCCACCUGGAUGCCCUGCUGAGGGGGCUGGUUCUGGGCAAGCUGGGCAAGGCCGGGCACAAGGCGACGCUGGAGGAGGCGCGGCGCCGCUUCAAGGAGCACGUGGAAGGGAAGCACGUCCUGUCUGCUGACCUGAGGAGCCCUGUCUACGUGACCGUGCUGAAGCACGGGGACAGCUCCACCCUGGACACCAUGCUGAAGCUGCACAAGCAGGCUGACAUGCAGGAGGAGAAGAACCGCAUCGAGCGCGUCCUCGGGGCCAUCUCCCAGCCAGAGCUGAUCCAGAAAGUUCUCACCUUUGCACUUUCAGAAGAGGUACGUCCCCAGGACACGGUGUCAGUGAUUGGAGGAGUGGCUGGGGGCAGCAAGCAGGGCAGGAAAGCUGCUUGGAAAUUCGUGAGGGACAACUGGGAGGAGCUUUACAAUCGAUACCAAGGUGGAUUCCUAAUAUCCAGGUUAAUAAAGCUCACAGUGGAUGGGUUUGCAAAUGACAAAAUGGCUGCAGAAGUGAAGGCGUUCUUCGAGAGCCACCCGGCGCCGUCGGCGGAGCGCACGGUGCAGCAGUGCUGCGAGAACAUCCUGCUGAACGCGGCGUGGCUGCGGCGCGACGCCGACAGCAUCCAGCACUUCCUGCAGCAGCGCCGCGCCGCGCCCGAGUGACGGGCCGGCCGCACCCGCCCGGGACGUGGCUUUCCUUUGUUUCCCCUUCCUUUGCUUGGUUCUUUCCCC